GCAGUUUGGAAAGUUUCCUCACUGACUGCAAACUACAUCAAAAGUCCAACUGCAGCAGACUGAGACGGUUGUGUACUGUACCUGUUGGUGGAAAGAAGACUCAGUGUGCAGCAGAUGAAGAUCUGUGGAGGAUUUCCAGACAGGUGUACCUGCUAAAUGAAGAGCAGGACGUAUAUUUUUGUUGGACAGAUUUCUUACUGAGAAUCAGCGACGCUAAACUGAACCAAAGCUACAAAAUGACAGCUGCCACGAAGCUUCUGGAUGAGAUGUGUCAUCUGACGGCUCAGUCUCUGAUAACGAUGGACACAUCGGAGCACUUCAAGGUGCUAAAGCUGUUGGGUGAAGGCUCAUAUGGAAAAGUCAUGCUGGCUGUGCACAGGAAGAGAGGUACUCCGAUGGCUCUGAAGUUUUUCCCCCGUAAGUCCACCUCUCUCUUCUCUUUCCUGCGAGAGUAUAAUCUCUCUCUGUCAUUCUGUACCCAUCCAUCCCUGACCAGAGCCCUGGGAAUCGCCUACUUCACAUCUUCGCACUACAUCUUCGCUCAACAAGCCAGUCUCUUCGGUGAUCUCUACGACGUCAUCAUACCUGAGGUCGGUAUGGACGAGGACUGUUGCCAGCGCGUCGUGUCCCAGCUGUGCGGCGCUCUGUCCCACCUGCACUCUCUUGGUUUUGUCCACAGAGACCUCAAACCAGAGAAUGUCUUCCUGUGCGACUCCUCCUGCCGCUGGGUCAAACUGGGAGACUUCGGCAUGGUGAAGGCCAGGGGCACCAGGGUCCCAGAGGUCUGGUACAGCUCCGCUUACUGCACCCCUGAAGCCGAGGUCGCUCGAGGAAAUGAGGACAGCUGGGAGGGCAUCAAUGACGGCAAUGAUGGUGUUGAGAAGAACGAAGAGAAGAAGAAGCGGUCGAGGGUUUGGGUGUCUGUGGAGCCCAGCACAGACAGCUGGGCCUUGGGGAUCCUGACCUAUGUCAUGCUCACUGGCAGUCAUCCCUGGGCGGAGACAGCCAGCGAUUGCCAUUCAUACCUGAAAUAUCAAGAGUGGUUUGAAAGAGCGAAAGGCCCUGAUGACGAACUGGACGUGUGGGCAGAGCCACAGGGAGAGAGCAUGGACUGUGCGAUCAGUGUAAAUGGAGCAGAACUUGAAGAGAAAGACCGUCCUCCCAUAGCACCCCAUUUCGCCUGUUUCACCUCACUGGCCCGCUCCCUCUUUCUGUCGCUUCUUGACCCGAGGCCCCAGCAUCGCGGACGGCCUGAUGAUGUGUUGGGUUACCUCGGAGGGGACUGGAUGAUGGAGAAGGAGAGGGUUCGACUGGAGGAGGAGAGGAAGAAGAGCAGAGGGAAAGGAGCCAUCAGGAAUAUGAAAGAGAUGGAGGGGAGAGGAGAGCGAUAAACAGAGACGAUUCACACUGCUGUUGAAACCUUUAUCAUGUAAUAUGUGUUAUCUCCAGGUUUUGUUGAGUUUAUUUUAUUAAACCUGUCAACAUUGUUUUAUGGAAACACAUAUUUUUGUUGCUUCUCAGAAAAGCCAUUGUGGUCAUAAGCUACAGACAAUAAUGAGCUUUUCUAUAUGACUGUAGAUGGAAUAUCUUUCGUAUUUGGGCUGUUGGUUGGACAAAACAAGCAAUGUGAAGUUGUCACCUAACGUUCUCAGAACUUUGAUAUUUGCAUUAGAUUAAAAAAAGAACUAACAAGACCGCAGCCUCUGUUCUACAGUAUUUGCCGUGAGUCAUCAGGUCAGAUUUCGAGGGAAAAGAAGUUGCUGUUCUUCCAGGAAUAAAGCCUUUAGAGCUUGAUGGCAGGUGGCAGAAUGAGCAACUUUGGAAAAAUCCCCUUUUUUAAAUGAAUGAAACAUUGUGGGAAAUGUGGGUUUUUUUUAUUUUGAGAAACUGUAGCAGAAACUGUAGGUUUUAGGUAGCUGUUCCAGUCAUGGUCUGUACAGCUACUAUGAAAUGAAUUUUGCAACAUUUUCUUUGCAAUUUACUACAGAGCACUAUUUAAAAUGAAUUUAAAAAAAACAGAAGUGUGUCACAGCUGCAGUUCUGAGGAUUAUUUGUGUUUAGUAGUGCUGUAAUGCUAUCAUGUCCUUGUAAAAGAUAUCCAUCUUAGCGCACUGUAUCUAUAUUUGGGUCUAGACUUUGGAGUGUGUAACACGUCAUAGGCUAUCAACUGAAUGCAGACUGCAGUAGUGCCCAGUUUAUACAGUCAUAAACACGUCCGCAAUCAGACUGAGAAGCACAGUUUAAAUACAACCACACUGAGUUUUUUUUACUUGGCCUUGAAAGAAUAAAAAAAUGGCUUAACAGGGUCUAAAAUGCCUUCAAAUUGAGCACUUUUUGAAAGUAAAGAUUUAUCAGUUAUGAAUAUUUUAGUAGCACAUGUAUGGUAUUUUGUUUAGUAUUCACAUGUAGCAUGGUUUCACUGUGGAAGUAGUUGGCAGCUAGCGACAUUUAGCCAAUGUGAUUUUGUAUAUUAGCAUCAGUAGCACUUGUGGCUGUUUCUGUAGCACUUUGUACAUAACCAUGAAAUAAAGUUUUCUUUUAUUCUUUAUGCUGAAAAUGUGCCUUAAAUCACUGUAUUUAAUAUACUGUACAUGUAACUGUAAUAAAUUACAGCAAUACUGCAUUACCUUGUGAGGUGUUGUGACGUAAUGUACAGUAAUUUUGUGUAUUUAUG